AUGGGUUCUUCACAAGGAUCUACGCUGUCAUCAAAUGUGUCUGGAUUUGCGAACAAAUCUUCUGCUCAUACAGAGAUUGAAUUUGCCGAAAGCAAAGUUCCUGUCUUUGUGAAGGAGCUUAUUGCUGGCGGUGCUGCUGGUGGUUUUGCUAAAACUGCGGUUGCUCCUUUGGAACGAAUUAAAAUACUUCUGCAGACUAGAACACAGGGCUUUCAUUCUCUAGGAAUUUAUCACUCCCUGAAAAAGCUACUAAAGCAUGAAGGCGUAGCAGGAUUUUAUAAAGGAAAUGGAGCAAGCGUACUUCGAAUUGUACCUUAUGCAGCAUUGCAUUUCAUGGCCUAUGAGCAAUAUCGUUUGUGGAUUCUGGAUAAUCACUCUGCUUUAGGAACUGGACCUGUUGUGGAUCUUUUAGCUGGUUCAGCUGCUGGUGGCACUGCAGUUUUAUGCACUUACCCACUAGAUUUAGCUCGUACUAAGCUCGCCUACCAGAUUGUCGACACAAGUGGAACUUUGCAGCACGGGACGAGACAGUUGAAUGCAAAUCCUGCUUACAGUGGAAUUAGAAAUGUGAUCGAGAGAGUCUACAAAGAAAGGGGUGUGCGGGGGUUAUAUAGAGGCAUUGGUCCAACGCUUAUUGGUAUUCUUCCGUAUGCUGGCUUGAAAUUUUACGUUUAUGAGGAACUCAAGAGGCACGUUCCUGAAGAGCACCAAAAGUCCAUUUUAAUGCGAUUAUCUUGUGGAGCUUUGGCCGGUUUAUUCGGGCAGACGUUCACAUAUCCAUUAGAUGUUGUCAGGAGGCAAAUGCAGGUGGAGCAUUUGCAACCCUCGUUGCAAGGUGGUGUUGUAUACAAGAGCACCAUGGAAGGUCUUUCGUACAUUGUUCGCAAUCAAGGUUGGAAGCAAUUGUUUGCCGGUCUAAGUAUCAAUUAUAUCAAGAUUGUACCCUCUGUUGCAAUCGGUUUUACAGCAUACGACACGAUGAAAGCAUGGCUGCACAUACCUCCUCGACAACAAUCGAAAACAAUAUCAGCUGCAUAA